GCUCACAAGCCUCUGAUGGAGGAGGUGGCCAUGUUGUAGCGACGGAUAGAGAAUCUGAGCGGGAUCACUAUCCGAGACGUCCGGCUCUGAACCGGCCCUGUGAACCGCACCAUCCUCCGGGACCGUCCGUGCUGCUCCCCGUCACUGCCGGGCUACAGACGACACCAUGAGCGGCGGGACGCCGUACCUGGGCAGCAAGAUCAGCCUGAUCUCGAAGGCCGCGAUCCGCUAUGAGGGGAUCCUGUACACCAUCGACACCGAGAACUCCACCGUGGCUCUGGCUAAAGUUCGUUCCUUCGGGACAGAGGACCGGCCCACAGACAGACCCAUCCCUCCUCGAGACGACACCUUCGAGUACAUCAUCUUCAGAGGCAGCGACAUCAAGGACCUGACUGUGUGCGAGCCGCCCAAACAAACCAGUUCCCUCCCACAGGACCCGGCCAUCGUCCAGUCGUCCCUGGGCUCCAGCUCCUCGUCCUCUGCUUCCGCCGCCCCGACCCCGUUCCAAGCAGCUGGUUCCUAUGGACUCUUCAAUCGGGCCCCAGCUCCUACCUACAACCAGUUCAGCACCAGCCCCCUGGUUUCCCCUCAGUUUGGACCUGUUGGUGUCGGCCGCAACAGCCCCACCCUGGACCCUUUGAGGAAGAGCCCCACCUUAGAGCAGGUGAUCCAGGCUGCUCCGUCGGCCCCGAGCGCCUCCACCAUCGCUCCGGCUCCUGGCCUGGGACGCAGGAGCCCCCCCCACCCUCGCACGACUCCCCUCACCGCCGGGCAGAUCGGUCAGAAGGUCCAGCACCAGGAUGGCGUCGACCCAAGGAGGCAUGAGACGGUCAGAGGAGGCCGCGGCAGCCAGGGCUGGUCUGCGCCCAGAACCAUCUCCGCCUCUCACAUCGCUGCUGUAGAUAGGGCGCCCCCUGCAGGCCUGACCCACUCUGCAGGCCUGACCCACUCUGCCUUUAGCCACUCAGCACCUGCCGGAGCACCGGCUGCCCGCCGCGGGCGAGGAGGCGGGCACCGUGGCAGAGGGCGCUUCAAUGUUCGCCGGGACGGACCCAUGAAGUUUGAGAAAGACUUUGACUUUGAGAGCGCCAACGCCCAGUUCAACAAGGAGGAGAUCGACCGAGAGUUCCAGAGCAAACUGAAGCUGAAAGAUGAGAAGACGGAGAAGCCAGAGAAGACGGUGAACGGCGAGGACAAAGGCGAAUCCGGCGUGGAGACUCAGAACAACGAGGUCAACGCUGAUGAGGAGGGCGAGACGCUCGGGCCCAACUGCUACUACGACAAGUCCAAGUCCUUCUUCGACAACAUCUCGUGUGACGACAGCAGGAAAGCAAACGACAAGACUGGAGGCUCCGUGUUCCCACGGGAGCGGAGGCAGACCUGGGCGGAGGAGAGGCGAAUGAAUGCUGAAACGUUUGGUAUCCCUCUGCGUCGCGGUCGCGGAGGUUACCGUGGACGAGGCGGGAUGGGUUUCCGUGGGGGGCGGGGGCGUCCUGUGAGCCGAGGGUCCUUCGGGCCCCCACAGGGGGGCGGCGGCGGCUUCAGGGGAGGAUACAGAGGAAACCAGGCGGGCCGGGAGUUCGCCGACCUGUCAGCAUACAGGAAGGAAAACAAAGUGUCUGCGUAGUCUCUGUGGACGAAGCUUCUGCUCUGAGGUGGAACACUUGAAGAUUGUCUACUACUUGUAUAUUUGUCACCAGCACUGGGGUCGACUGCUCCAAAGCAACUUAACUCCGAAUCUCUCAAAGGUGGAAACGGCUACGAUGCAGUUUAUCACCGAAACCAUCGAUUCACAAACUCAAGAUUCGUUCAAAAAUGUCCUGAAAUAAUAAUAUUCACGUUUCCGAUGAUGGUUUUGUUUUGGAUACAUUUUCUGCCCCUGAACCUGUAUUUGAUCAUUUGUGGUCCAGUGUGGUCACAUGACUUCCUGUGACUCUCACGUAUGUAGCUUUAUUCUGUGAGUCAAGCACCAGGUCUCGGCUCUCGGACGUGUUUUUCUACCGUGUUCUUCGCGUCUCUUCGCCGCAGUGCUCGUGACUUUCGCCUGAAAUCUUUUCCGCCUUCACCUGCGUCUUCUUGUUCCGUCGAUCAUAAGAAGUUGACUUCUCUGUUUGACGCCACUGACGAGCUGAAAGUUAAAUAAUCUGUAAUUUUCACAGUCGGUCGAUCGUCAAUAAACAAGAGGUUCACAUGUGAAGCUGUAAAUUGAUUCGCUCCAGUUCUCCUUUCACGUUGCUGCUGCGUCAAGGAAUGAAAUCUGUGUUUACACUGAUCCCAUCAGUGAAAUACCAAAUGAUUGAUCACCAGGAAAUAACUUUCAAGCUAAAACAGUGAAAAAUCCUCUUAUCACAAGAUUUCCUAUUUUUCUGUUACAAAAUGAAAUAUUCUGUGGUUUGUGAAUUUUUUACAGAUUAAAUGAUGUUUUGAUUCAUUGAAACAUAAUCAACAAAGAAUAUUGAUUAAUAUACAUUAUUUCUUUUUAAUUCUGCAUUUAAUGUGUCAUAAAGCAGACAAACGUGUAUUCAUAUUUAAAGUCAAGUCACUUCACACAAAUGUACAACAGACAAUGUGUUUUUCUACUUUUUCUAGAUCUAAAGUAAGAAAAUAACAGAACUGUCCCAAAAAGAGUGGAAGUUGUGUUUUGGAUUUCUUGUUCCAGCUGAAAAAACCUUCAUGCUUGUUAUCGAUGUAUUUUUCUUUCUGACACAUUGAAUGUAGAAAUAUAUGAAGACAGACUAACACUUCCCCAUUAAACCAUUGGCAUCUCUGUAACCAUAGAACGGUCUGGUCUGCGGCGUGAUGUCACGGCGAGUGUAGCAAAAGUUUCUGAACAACAUUCAUGAUUUUCAUUUCUGAGUAAACGAAGGAUGAACGGAGAUGGACACGAGGUCAUGGUAACUGACUCCUCCCACACAACAGGAUUAAAACAUGUACGUUGUUCUUUAAAGACAAAUAUUGUUUAAAAUGUAUAAUGUUCUUUUGUUUUAUUGUUCCUGUGAAAAGUAAAUUUACCUUUAAUGACGUCACCGCUCAGGAAACAGCUGGGGACUUUUAUUCUGAUAUGUUGAGGUGGAGUUGAAUCUGUUUCCUGUCGCAGAAGUUUCUCCUUCACAUUAAAGCUCUUAAAAAGA